AUGGCCUUUUUGUUUAAAUCGAAGAAGGCCCAGAGCCAGGGACUACCUCCGGCGACCAGAAAUGUCCACACUUCCGAGGGUGCUCCGUCCACUGGGUCGCCCACGGCGAAUGGCGCCAAAGGGGAUGCCAUGACUUCGCAGACACCAACCCCAAGUGGUAGCUUUAGCAACUCUUUGCAUUCAGCCACAAGCCCCAAGAGUCCGGACGCAAUACGGCCGCGACAGCGAGCCGAAUCAGAAUCCCAGGUAGGCGUUCGUACAACGAGCGCAGCCGCCUACGAACGGAAUCCCCCUCCAAGCCCGAAUUCGUCUCUCUAUCCUUGGUCGCAACGCCGUUUGAACUUCACCUCUCCCCAAACAAACCCGUUCCCUCGUUAUGGAGCAGCAAUCAAUGCGGUAGCCUCCAAGGAGGGCGACAUCUACAUGAUGGGUGGUCUAAUUGAUGGAUCGACUGUCAAGGGAGAUCUAUGGAUGGUUGAAAGCAGUGGCGGUGGUUUGAACUGCCUCCAGGUUGCGACAGUAUCCGAAGGCCCUGGCCCCCGAGUGGGCCAUGCCAGUUUGCUUGUCGGAAACGCAUUCAUUGUGUUCGGCGGUGACACGAAAAUUGACGAGAAUGAUUCCCUUGAUGACACUCUGUAUCUUUUGAACACAUCAUCUCGCCAAUGGUCCCGUGCUAUUCCUCCCGGUUCUCGCCCUUCUGGGCGGUAUGGACACACCCUGAACAUCUUGGGGUCUAAACUUUACGUCUUCGGAGGACAAGUAGAGGGCUUUUUCUUCAAUGAUCUAAUUGCAUUCGAUCUGAACCAGCUCCAAAGCCCGGCGAACAAAUGGGAGGUGCUCAUUGCGAACAGUCACGAGGGUGGCCCUCCGCCAGGCCAAAUUCCCCCAGCGAGAACCAACCACACGAUCGUUAGUUACAAUGACAAGUUGUUCUUGUUUGGAGGCACAAAUGGGGUUCAGUGGUUCAACGACGUUUGGUCUUAUGAUCACAUCGCUAACAGCUGGACUGAAAUUGACUGCGUGGGCUUCAUCCCUGCUCCUAGGGAGGGACAUGCAUCUGCUCUGGUCAAUGAUGUUAUGUAUGUAUUUGGAGGUCGCACGGAUGAAGGUGUGGACCUAGGAGAUCUCUCAGCCUUCCGCAUCUCAACCCGACGCUGGUACUCUUUCCAAAAUAUGGGCCCUGCACCAUCCCCUCGUUCUGGCCACAGCAUGACCGCUUUUGGCAAGCAGAUCAUUGUCCUAGCGGGAGAACCAAGCUCGGCUCCGAGAGAUCCCAACGAGCUUAGUAUGUCCUACAUCCUUGAUACCAGCAAAAUCCGGUACCCCAACGACCAGAACGGCCCACGAGUUCCCGAGCAGGGUUCCAGAAAGACAAGUAUAGAAAAGAUCGGACUUUCAUCUGGGCGCACUUCUCGCGAGGCACAGAACGCAGGCCCCGAACAGCAAAUGCGACGGGGACCAGGCCAAUCGCGUGAAAGCUUGAUGAAGGCUGCAGCUGCCGGGAAGCAAGGAGAUUGGGUCCCUACCGCAACCUUGGGACCGGGAUCUAGGCUGCCCCGAGCAUCGAUUGCCCAAGCUCCUGCCGGUCCACCGCCGCCUGGGCAAGCACCGUCUCCUGGUCCUCGCGGGAACGGUCCCCCACCCGGUGCGAACCCUCGAAGCAAAACUCCCACCAAGAACGACCGUGGGUACACACCCACUAUUGAUGUACGUGCCGCCAACAAUGAGCGCGGCGCUGAAUCACCAGUGGCGAAAGACAUCCCCCAGGACCCCCAAGGCCCACCGUCGGCUGGCCGUCGUACUCCUACCCAACAUCAAAAGCCAUCGGCGAAGGCCAUGGAAGCAGGCGAGGCAGCUCCUCUGAUCAGUACGCCCGGCCGUCAACGGUCGCUUCGCUCUCAGCGACAGCGUGCAUCUGUAGACAGUGGCGAAGAAUCAAUCCUCGGUCGGCAGGCCAAUCUUGAUGGCUCAGUUGAAUCCAGGAGCUUCCGCAACUCCAAGACUCUCAGCGACGAACCGCGUUCUCCUCGACUGAAUCCCCAUCAAGAAGCCCUGAUCAAGGAGCUAGAGGCCAUCAAGGCUCGCAACGCCUGGUACGCCUCAGAACUCGCUCUUGCAAGGAAAUGUGGUUAUGUUCCCAAUGUGACCAGUAGCCCUGCGCUUGACGACCGAGCCAAUGAAACAUUGAAUGAUGAGGAUCGCCCACUAAUCGAGGCAUUCUUGGCUAUGAGAGCAGACCUAAACAAGAUGCAGGCCACCGUUGACCGACAGGCGGCCAUCGCGUCUAAACGUGUCGCAGAAGUGGAACAUCAACGUGACAUGGCCAUCAACGAAGCUGCAUAUUCCCGUGCCAAGCUCGCGGCCCACGGUGGUAGCCAGCGAGGGACUCCCCAGCCUGAAGGUCCUCAGGAUGCAGACGAGGAACGGCCCACAGACAUGGGCCGUCGCCUGGCACUUGCUUUAGCCUCCCAGGCCGAGUUGAAGGCCAAGUUGGAGACGCUGACAACCGAGCUCUUGCAGGAGCGCCAAGCGAAGGAACUCGCUGAAGAGACAAAUGAGGCUACUCGGAAACACCUGGCAGAACUCGAGAUGCAGAGCAAUACUCUAGAAGCCGAAACCUUGCGCGCCGAGCUUCACCGGGCGGAGGCUCUCUCCAGAGAGGAGGCUAUGUUACGUGCAGAAGCAGAAGCCGCUCUGAAACAGCUCAGCCUAGACAAGGAGGAGUUGUUGGCCCAGAUUGAAGAUUCAGCUUCCCGACUGAAGGACUAUGGCUCCAACUUUGAUGGGCUCCGGGAGGCAGUUUCUGUAUCUGCGGAGAAGACAGCCCUAGUCGAGAAACAACUUGUCGAAGAGCGAGAACGCCGUGAAGGGUUGGAGCGAAAGCUUUUGCAACUCCGAUCGGAGCACGAAGAACGCACCACCGAACUGGAAAAUGUCGCUCGUCGUCUUCGAGAUGCAGAGGAGUUGGCAGAAAUCCACGCCAAAGAAGCGCUGACUCACAAGUUUGCCUUUGUCUCUGGUCUAGAGCGCGCAGCCUCCACGGACCUGGACGAUUCAUUCCGGUCUCGUGCCGACCAGCGAGUUGCUGCCUUGGAAGCCCAAGUCGAAAGAUCCUCUACUUUGGCAAAGGCAAAUCAGGCUGCCGCCAAUGCAGCCGCAGACAAGUUGCGACGCGCAGAGGAACGUAUCGCUGGCCUUGAAGCAUACCAGGAACAGGCUAGCCGCGAAGGUUUACAAUUGCGCAGACAGCUUCAGACUGCCAUGAAAGAAAGCCAAGCAGCGGCCGCGGAGAACCGGGAUCUAAAGACCCAGUUAGAGACUCACCAACGUGAAGCUGGAGCUCUGGCCACUCAACACGCCGCCUUGAAGGAUCUCCUUGGUGAACGCGGCAUCAACAGUGACUCCGGUCGGUCUCCGCGUCUUGACUCACCCGGAUCACGAUUCGGCACUCCGGAGCAAGGCCGACUCCGCGAGCUCGAGCAACAACUCUCAGCUAGCCUGAAGGCCCACGAAGAGUUGAAGAACAGCUUCGAGACUCGGGAGCAGGAAGCUGAUAAAAACUUCCGGGAGAAACUCGAGCAGCUCGAGAAUGAUUACCAAUCGGCCGUUCACUACGUGAAGGGUACCGAGAAAAUGUUGAAGCGCAUGAAGGAUGAGCUAAGUCGAUACAAGACCAGCAACGCUAAGUUGCAAUCUGAGCUAGACGCCGCUCAGAAAGGCCUCGAGAAUUCCGGCAGCCAGGAUGCUGCAUCUUCGGCUGAAUGGGAUGCCGAACGCUCCCGCCUUCAGCAAUCAAUCUCGGAACUCCAAGACCGAACUUCAUCCUCUAUCACUAGUCUCGAAGGCCAGAUCACUGAGCUCAAGGACGCUCUUGACAAGGCUACGGCCGAGAAGCAAAUGUCGCAAGCAGAGCACGAGCGCCUCAAGCAAGACCUACUUGCUGCCGCUGAGCAAAGUCGUGCCGAACUGGACCAACUUAAGCAAGAAAAUACCCACCUUGAAACUCGUGCUUCAGAUGCAGAGCAUAAGGUCAACAUGCUGUUGGAGCAGGUCCAAACGUCGGUGGGUCAAUAUCGCCGACAGUCCCAGCAUGGGCCUACCAACGGAAUCUCACGCUCCCACAGCGACGCCUCUGAUAACACAAUUGGUGCAGGCAAUGGGCGGGCCCGAGCCGAUAGCAGUGUGUCGCAAGAUUCUAACUUCCCCGACAACCGUGGGUCCAUGGCUCUCGACUCCCUUGCCAAUGAGUUGGAUGCUCUGCGCUCUCACUGGGAAAGCACUAACCGCAACUACCGUUUGAGCACCCAGCUGGAUCUGGAGCGGACUCCCACCAAGGAUAAUAGCGACGGCCCCGCACUAAUGAGCGACAGCCUGGCAGAGUGGAGGAAGAGACUGGAAGAUGAUGAACGGGCUGGUUUCGAUGUGCAAACCAAGCCGCUGAACACCGAAGGUGGACCUGAGCGCUCGUCCAACGUGAUCUAA